UUGCAGGCCAGACACAAAGAUGGAGUGUCAGAAAAUCAUCAAUUUUGGGACCCAGCUUCUUCGCCGGAAAAAUGUGGACUGCACUCGAGAAGACGGCCGGCUCUCGCGAUGCCUCAACACCUUUGACUUAGUGGCUCUGGGUGUCGGCAGCACCUUGGGUGCAGGUGUCUAUGUACUGGCUGGAGCCGUGGCACGGGAAAACGCUGGACCCGCCAUCGUUAUCUCCUUCUUGAUUGCUGCCUUGGCUUCAGUGCUGGCCGGACUCUGCUACGGAGAAUUCGGUGCUCGAGUUCCUAAGACGGGAUCAGCUUAUCUCUACAGCUACGUGACUGUAGGCGAGCUGUGGGCUUUCAUCACAGGGUGGAAUUUAAUCCUCUCCUAUGUUAUUGGAACCUCGAGCGUGGCCAGAGCCUGGAGCGCAACGUUUGAUGAGAUCAUAGGCAAGCACAUUGAAGCAUUUUGUAAAAAAUACAUGACGAUGGAUGCUCCUGGAGUGCUAGCAAAAUACCCAGACAUUUUCGCCGUGGUGAUAAUUGUCAUCCUAACAGGGCUUUUAAUUUUUGGCGUGAAGGAAUCGGCCCUGGUGAACAAGGUGUUCACCUGCAUCAACGUCCUUGUCCUUGGCUUCGUUGUGGUCUCUGGCUUUGUGAAAGGGUCUGUUAAAAACUGGCAGCUGACUGAACAGGACAUUUACAACAGCACCCAGAGCGUUCAUGGAGACAACCAAACACAGGCAGAACUACCUUAUGGUGUUGGAGGGUUUAUGCCCUAUGGAUGGAAAGGAGUCCUCUCAGGGGCAGCGACAUGUUUUUAUGCUUUCGUGGGAUUCGACUGUAUUGCUACUACAGGUGAAGAGGUAAAAAACCCUCAGAAAGCCAUUCCUAUUGGCAUCGUGGCAGCUCUGCUCAUCUGCUUUGUGGCUUAUUUUGGUGUGUCAGCUGCCCUGACGCUCAUGAUGCCUUAUUACCAGCUGGAUACUAAUAGCCCUUUACCCAAUGCCUUUAAGUAUGUGGGUUGGGAUGGAGCUAAUUACGCAGUAGCUGUGGGUUCCUUGUGUGCGCUUUCUACAAGUCUCCUUGGCUCCAUGUUUCCGAUGCCUCGAAUAAUUUAUGCUAUGGCAGAAGAUGGACUUCUCUUUAAAUUUUUGGCUCAUGUCGACGAGAAGAGAAAAACUCCAGUAAUUGCAACAGUGACAUCAGGGGCCAUUGCGGCUGUUAUGGCGUUUCUCUUCGACUUGAAAGAUCUUGUGGAUCUCAUGUCCAUCGGGACCCUCCUGGCUUACUCCUUGGUGGCAGCCUGCGUGUUGGUACUGAGGUAUCAGCCAGAGCAGCCUAAUUUGGCAUACCAGAUGGCUAGGACAACAGAGGAGACAGAAAACAAUGAGUCUGUGAGCACCAGUGAGUCACAGGCUGGAUUUCUGCCAGAGGAAGAGCAGAAAUGUUCCCUCAAAGCCAUACUGUGUCCCCCAAAUUCGGAGCCUUCCAAAUUCUCUGGCUCAGUGGUGAACAUCUCAACCUUCAUCAUUGGUUUCCUAAUCGUGGGUGGCUGUAUCCUCACUGCCCUUGAGCCAAGCAUUCUGAUAAAGACUGUAUGGAUUAUUGCUGCCAUCCUUGUUCUUGUGGUCAGCUUCAUUAUAUGGAAACAGCCUGAAAGCAAAACCAAGCUCUCCUUUAAGGUACCUCUUUUGCCCCUUCUUCCUGUUGUGAGUAUUUUCGUGAAUGUUUACCUCAUGAUGCAGCUAGACAUAGGCACGUGGAUACGGUUUGCAGUCUGGAUGCUCAUAGGCUUUAUCAUCUACUUUGCCUAUGGAGUAUGGCACAGCGUGGAAGCCACCUACGCAGCCUCGGCAGAUGCAGAGAGAAACACGGACGCUGGUUCAGGCACCUGUAAAUGA